AUGCCAUAAUUUUUAUAAACUACAUAAAAUCUUGUCUUAAAAUUUCGUGAUGUUGCCAUAGAUCAACUAGACAUAUUUGGUCAACCUCCUAAUUUCAGAGUGUUGAAUAAAUAAAAAUAUAAUUCCAUGGUUGGAUUAAUAACUACUAUACUUAUUGGAGGUGUCACUCUAAUUUAUCUAACAAAUGAAUUAGUCACUAUGUUAGGCAAGGCCGAGCCUUCAGUUGUAUCCUCAGAAAUCUAAGUGUUUGAUACUUAAGUAUAGUAGAGUCAUUUUAAAUUAGACAUUCCCUUUGUUAAAUGAUAACUUUACCUUAGCCAUUUCUGCAACGAAUAGUGCAGGAAAUCAACUUAAUGGUUAGGGAAUAUAUUAUAAUAUUUCAAUCUUUCAUUGUAUUAGGAGCAGAAACAAAAAUGAGACAACCGGAUUAGUUGUGGUCACUGUAUAGUAAUUAUUUUAUCAAUAUCUUAUAAGAUGUUCACUUCUUCCAACAGAGACCUGUAAUAUGUCACAUUUUGUAACUGAAUAAUAAAAUGAUUAUUUUAGUAGAAUGAGAUUAGGUGCCAUGCAAUGUAUUAAUCGAGAGUAUCUUAAAUUAAAUCCACCAGUAAAUCUAAUUUCUUAAUUUACAAGCCAUUACAAGGACAAUUAAAUGCUAUGGUCUAUCAAUAUUUGAAAAUAUAAUUGACUGUUUGCCAUAACUCAACUGAAUAUUAAAAAUGUGCAUCUCCAGAAGAAAUCAAAUCAAUAUUAAUGUCAGGACAUUAUGUUGUUUAUACAAGUGAUUACUUAACGUAACUAAAUAACCCAAGCGAACCUUAUAAAUAAAUUAUUAAUAGUGAAUUUUCAGGUUUCUCUGUAUCAACAUCUAAAAUUAUAAAACAAUAUUUUAGAAUCAUAGAGACUACCAGUGAUGAUGGUUGGCUUUUGUAGAAUAUACAUGUUAAAGAAAAUCUCAAAUAAUAAGAAUGGAGAGAAACAACAGAGUUAUAUAAUGAAGAAUAUAUAGUAGAACAUUACAUAGCUUUAGAUUAUAGACAAACAAAUUAUAAUAGAAAUUAUGUUAAGAUAUAGACUGUUUUAAGUAGAUUAGGAGGGAUAUGGUAGAUAUUUAUAAUCAUAGUGGCUUCUAUAAUUAGACCUAUUGUUAAUACACUUAUGAAUUUGGAUAUAGCUAAUAAAGUUUUUAGGUUUUAAUUAUUAGAAGAUGAAAAGGAUCUUAAAACUAAAAACAAUAGUCAAAUGACUGAUACUAAAAUGAAUGAUGAUAAAAUUACAAUAUAUAAUUGGAAAUGUCAAAAUCAUAAAUUAUCAAGUAAUAUCAGUUCUAAAAUGUUCAUUUUAUUUGGAUGUAAAAAUUAAAAAAAAUUAUUAUUUAAUAAUGCUAAAAACUAAAUUAUGCAAAGUUUAGACAUCAUUAAUUUAAUUAAAAAACUAUAAGAAAUUGAUCUAAUUAAAUAGAUCAUAUUUACUAAAGAAUAAUAACUCCUAUUUAAUAUUAUACCAAAUCCUCUUAUCUAAUUGAAUAAUGACUUAGAAAAUAAUAAUUUAAAAAUUAAUAAUAUUGAUUUUAUUAAACAUAUUAAUUAAAUUUCCUAACACAAUAACAAAUACUAUACAUAUUUGGAAUCAUAUCAUAAAAUGAUUAAUACUAAAGAUAAGAAUCUUUUCGAUGAUAAAAUCAUUCAAUUAUUGGAUAAACAAACUCUAACUUUCUUUGAUAAAUAAAUUGGGUAAAUGAAUGUUUCAUAAAUCUCUAAAUCCCCUGCCUUUUUAGAAAGCAAAGAUGAAGACAUCAAUGAACCAAUACCAUUAUUACCGAAAUGA